UGAAAACGAAAUAAAAUGAAAUAGAAUAAUCAAAGGUUUUGUUCAUUUCCCCUCUCUCUCUAAAAUCUCGCCUCUCUCUCAAUCUCUCAAUACCCAAAGACUUCUUCCGGCGAGCUUUGUGACCGGAGUAUGGACUACAAGUGCACUGACAGUGGAAACUUAAUGGCUAUAGCUCAACAGCUCAUCAAACAGAAGCAACAACAGCAAUCACAACAACAACAGCAACAACAAGAACAACACAAUCCAUGGCCUAACCAAACACUAGGUUAUGCUCUUUCAGACCCGUUUCAGCUAACCGGAGACCCGGAUUUUCACUUUCCCCUCCUCGAGCAUCAAAACGCCACCGUUUCCAAGGGGUUUAGGUUUCCACAUGACGGAGAGUUCGACUCAGACGAGUGGAUGGAGACUCUACUCAACGGUGGAGAUGCAAGUCAAGACUUUUCUAUCCACGGCCACGAUUCAUUCUCGGAAUUACCGAGUCGACUCAGUGUACCGUCCGAUCUUAACCGAGUCAUUCUCUCAGAUAAGAAAAACUCAGCUCCUCCACUCCCAAACCCACCGGUUUCCACCGCUACGGAAGAACCGGACUUUGAUUUAGACCGGCCGGUUUUGAAAGCUAUCCACGACUGUGCACAGUUAUUAAAUACCGAACCGGACGUAGCCGCGGAAAAGCUUAUCAAGAUCCGAGAAUCCGUCUCGGAAACGGGUAACCCGACGGAGCGAGUCGGGUUUUACUUCGCCGAAGCUCUCUCCGACAAACUUUCUCCGGCGCCGCCGUCGCUGGAGGACUUCAUCUUCUCGUAUAAAACGUUAACCGACGCUUGCCCUUACUCAAAGUUCGCUCACUUAACGGCGAACCAAGCGAUUCUUGAAGCAACUCAAGAAUCAAGAAACAUACACAUCGUCGACUUCGGGAUCUUUCAAGGUAUCCAGUGGGCUGCUCUUUUGCAAGAUCUGGCCACCCGAGCUUCCGGAAAACCCGACCGGGUCCGGAUCUCGGGUAUACCCGCCCCGUGUCUUGGUGAAGCUCCGGGACCGUCUCUGGUCGCUACGGGAAACCGGUUACGUGAUUUGGCGAAUCUUUUGGAUUUGAAUUUCGAGUUUGUUCCGGUUCUUACUCCGAUCCGGUUGCUGAACCGGUCUAGUUUACGGGUUGACCCGGAUGAGGUUCUCGUUGUGAAUUUCAUGCUUGAGCUUUACAAGCUUCUUGAUGAAACGGCGAUGGCCGUUGAUACUGCUCUCAGGCUCGCUAGAUCGUUAAACCCGAGGAUUGUGACGCUUGGUGAAUACGAGGUGAGUUUGAACCGGGUUGGAUUCGCGGACCGGGUUAAGAACGCUCUCCGGUUCUAUUCUGCGGUUUUUGAAUCACUGGAGCCGAGUUUGGAGCGAGGCUCGAUGGAAAGACUGAGAGUGGAGAGAGUUCUGUUCGGUCGGAGAAUAUCGGAUUUGGUCGGACCCGGUAAUAAUAAUAAACCGGGAACCGGGUCAGGGAGGAUGGAAGAGAAAGAGCAAUGGAGAGUGUUGAUGGAGAAAGCCGGGUUCGAGCCGGUUAAACCGAGCAAUUACGCGAGCCAGGUUUCAUCUCCUUGGCUUGGAACAAUGUGCCUCUCCUCUCUGUUUCCUCAUGGCGUUGACGACAAUCUAUUUUUGUGUCUAGUUCGUAACAUGUUGAAAAUAAUGUGGAGGAGGGCAUUGCAGUUGUUCGUUUGUGUGGAUAAUUUGUGUAUUAACAUAACUCUGCAGCGUGUGUGUGGCCGAAAGUGUCAAGAUUUGACCGUAGAAUCUUCCUUUUGUGGUGUUGUCUGAACUGAACAAAAUUGUGAGAUUGGAGUAAUUAUUAUCUGGGCAACCAAACGGUGUGUACAGUCCAACGUCUCGCUCUUAAGACAUUUUAGUUAAAUUAAAUCAUUAAAGUUUAAAACUGAC